GACAGGGAGAGAGACAGAAGUUUGAAAGUUAGAGACAGAAAGACGGAAAUGAAAAUCGGUGGCGGAGAAAUAACCUAUCAGUGGGGACGUAGGGAAAGAAGGGAGACAGAGCUGAGGACUCAGAAGCGGCCAGGGAGGGAACGGAUCCCGACAUCACAUGGUCCCCAUCAUAUAAACAACUCUUUAAUGUGUCAGUGUUAAACCAAACCAACCCAACCAACCAAACACCAAAAAAAGGAAGAACGGGCGGGCACAGAGCCUGGAUGCUAGGGAAGGACUGGACAGGAAGACAAGGAGGAGGAGGGGAAGGAGGAGGAGAAGAAGAGAAAGUUCCGGGAGUCUUGGGGGCGGGGCGUGGAGCCCGGGAACCCCACGGCUUCCCUCCCUCUCCUCCCCGGAAAAGGCGCCAGUCUUGCGCCUAUAAAGCGCCGGCACUGGCGGGAGACUGCACUGCCGGACCGUGGCAAUGGACCAGCACACACUCGAUGUGGAGGCUACGGCGGAUGCCGGACAUCCAACAGGUACUGCGCACCCCUCGGAUGCAGCGCUCCUCACAGAUACCGGGCUCCCCGCGGACCCUGUGCUCCUCUCAGACACUGUGCUCCCCACAAACGCCGCGCUCCCUGUGGAUGCUGCGAGGCUGCUGCACUUGUUUUCCCGACACCCAUGGCUCUUCGGCCUACUUGCCUUGGUGUUGCUGCUUCCGGUUGCCUGUGUCUUUAUCUUCACCCGCACCCAGCCUCGACAGGAGCUCACAAUCACCACCUCGCCCGACCUGGGUACCCGAGAGAAUACUGCAGACCAGGUCACCCCUGUUUCCCACGUUGGCUGCCCCAACUCUACACAGCAGGGCUUUCCUGUGUUCGCCAAGCUACUGGCUAAAAACCAAGCAUCGCUGAGCAACAGAACUCUGACCUGGCACAGCGAAGACGGAGCUGGGAGCUCGUACCUGUCUCCCGGUGUAAGGUACGAAGAGGACAGAAAGGAACUGGUGGUCGACAAUCCUGGACUCUACUAUGUUUUCUUGGAACUGAAGCUCAGUCCAACGUCCACAAACACAGGCCACAAGGUGCAGGGCUGGGUCUCUCUUGUUUUGAGAGCAAAGCCUCAACUUGACGACUUGGCCCUGACAGUGGAACUGUUCCCUUGUUCCAUGGAGAACAAAUUAGUGGACCGUUCCUGGAGUCACCUGUUGUUCCUGAAGGCUGGCCACCGCCUCAGAGUGGAUCUGAGGGCCUAUCUGCACGGAGCCCAGGAUGCAUACAGAGACUGGGAGCUGUCUCAUCCCAACACCACCAGCUUUGGACUCUUCCUUGUGAAACCUGACACCUCACAGGAAUGAAUUGUUAUCCACACGAUAAUGCAUGUGGGUGCUCACAGCUACCGUUCUUAUGACCCCUAAUUGCUAAGUCCUCAAGCUGCUAUAUCUCAUGGGGCCUGAGCAGGGGUCCCCUCCUCCAGGGCUUUCCUCUUGUCUUUAACUGGACUCAGUAUUUAUUGUGAGCAGAGCUCAGACAAGACUUUAUAUAAUUCAUUGGAUAGCAUUAGCAAACUGCUGGGCAGCUGCUAGAAACAAAAGAUUCCAAAUCAAACUUUAUAUUUAUA